AUUGUCUUUCGUAUUAAACAAGAAAAGAUUCGCAUUAAGACUAACAUUUUCCGAAUCAGUCGAACAUAAACAACAGGCACCACAUGGUUGUUACCUAUACAUACAUACAUAUAUGGAUUCCAAUUUCCAACCAUAACAAAGCAUAUCAAAGAAGUGGAGAGAGAGAGAGACAGAGAGAGAGAGAGAGAGAGAGAUCUAGAGAAAGAGAGAGAGAGACAGAUGGAAGGUGAGAUCAACAACUUCAUGAUGGUAUGCCUCUCAGUCUUCACAUCUCUAUGCUACUGCUAUGGUAUAGGCAAGAUUGUAUCCAAAGGCACACUCAGACUGCUCACAAUAGUCCCUGUGGUGUGUCUCUUCCUAGCUUUGCCUCUCAAUCUACACUCCAUGCAUCUUGUAGGCAUAAGCUCAUUUUUCAUUGCUUGGCUCGCUAACUUCAAACUCCUACUUUUUGCCUUUGGAAAAGGCCCUUUAUCAGACCCUUCAAUCUCUCUCCCACAAUUUGUUGCAAUCGCUUCUCUCCCCAUCAAAAUCAUACAAAACCCACCUCCCAAAACAUCCAAAAAGGGCCACAAAUCGCUUUGGAAUUACGCUACCAAAUUUCUGCUUCUGGUGUUGUGCGUGCGCGUGUAUGAUUAUAGCGAAUACAUACAUCCAAAGGUUAUACUUUUGCUGUAUUGCCUCCAUAUAUACUUCGCCUUGGAGAUCAUGUUUGCUAUGUUUGCAGCCCUGGCUCGGACCCUUUUGAAGUCAGAGUUGGAGCCACAGUUCGAUGAGCCAUACCUUUCAAGCUCACUACAAGACUUCUGGGGUCGAAGGUGGAACAUGAUGGUGAGUCGUAUUCUACGCCCAACUGUAUACGAACCCACCCUUGGGUUCUCAAACCAGCUUUUGGGCCGAAAAUGGGCCCCUUUACCAGCAAUUUUUAGCACAUUUAUGGUGUCGGCCCUGAUGCAUGAGCUUGUAUUCUACUACUUGGGCCGCAUGAGGCCCACUUGGUACAUCUCGUGGUUCUUCUUGCUCCACGGGCUUUGUUUGAUGGUUGAAAUUGCGGUCAAGAAGGUGGUCACCGACAGCUAUCGGUUGCCUCCAAUAAUCUCUGGUUCACUCACGCUGACUUUCGUAAUGAGUACCGGCUUUUGGCUGUUUCUCCCAGAGUUGAUUCGGUUUAAUGCCUUUGCUAAAACGCUUGACGAGUAUGCUGCGGUGGGCGCAUUUGUGAAGGACGCUUGUGGGAUUAGGGUUUAGUCGACCGAUCUGGAUCCUCUCGUGUCCCUAAUCGCAUCGUGUGUCAAUCUGUGCACGAGCUCGAGAGGUAUACAUGCUUGAACAGUGCACAUAAUAUUCUCAAUCAGGGAUAUGCUAGCUUCAAAUUAUUGUCUUUAAUCCUUAUACUUAAUGGCUACAUUUCAAUUCAGAUGCAUUUGAGUGUUUUAUAUGUUGGAUUUCGUUCUGAUAUUACUUUCUAAUUUUACUCUAAUACCACUUUGUUAAAAA